CAAUAUUUACCUAAAAAUUCCCUAUUUUAUCAACCAAAAUUCAAUUUAACAGGUAUGAAGAGAGCCUUGUCCCCGACAGUUCCUGAUGAAGAUUCCACAGACCAUGUUGAAGCCAUUGGCCAGCUAGAGAUAGUCCAAAAUGUCCCUGAAGAAAAAAGACAAAGAACUGAAGAAGUAUGCUUGGAGGAAGGGGUUGUUUAUGCAGAAGAAGUGAUCCACCAGCAACCAGCGCCUAGCUACCAGAAUCUCAUUAUACAACACAUGGAUAUAGCAGAACCCUUGAUGACAUUAAAACGUCUAUUAGAAAUCCGACUUCAGUGUUCUCUGUCAGACCAUGAAUUCUAUCUACAAGAUUCCGUUCCUUUAGACCAAGAUAGAAGUCUAGUAGAUCAGUGUGUCCAGGGUGAAGGAAUGGUCCAGAUUAAUCUUGAAGUUAAAUCACAACCAGGUGUGAACCCUAAGAUUAACAUCGUGGACAUUUUAAAAACUGCUGAUGAAGUUGAUGAGGCUAUUGAAGAAGUUCCUCCAGUACCGUCAACCCCUACCCUGUCUCAUAUACCAGCCUUACCGUCCAGCACCCCUGGUACACCCAAUAAUACAAAAGUCGUUAUCCCCCUACCGGAGGAGAAUGAAAAUGUCACUCGAUGGAUUGUGGAUCAGAAUUUCAGAAAGGAGCAGGAACGACUCAAAAUCCCCUUUGAUCCUAUGCAGUGGAAUGAAGUACAUGUAAAACACUGGAUUCAGUGGGCAGUAAAGGAAUUUGAUCUACAAGGUGUAAACACGGCAGACUUCAGAAUGACAGGAAAACAACUGGCUGCCAUGACACAUGCUGAAUUUGUAAAAUAUGUACCCUCUGACCCUAAUGAUGUAUUUUGGACUCAUUUAGAAUUGUUACGAAAGUGUAAAUUUGUAGGUCGAUUAAAGACAGUGGCUAAACAUCCAAGAUCUAGAUCACCAAGGAUAACAGGAGAUGAACGAUUAUCACCUGGUAACAGAACAGGAAAUAAUGGUCAGAUUCAACUAUGGCAGUUUUUACUGGAACAAUUAACGGAUAAAGACAGUCGAAAUAUAAUCUCCUGGGUAGGGGAUGAGGGAGAAUUCAAACUCAUACACCCUGAGAUGGUGGCCCAACUGUGGGGGAGACGUAAAAAUAAACCCACUAUGAACUAUGAGAAAUUAAGUCGUGCCUUGAGAUAUUAUUAUGAUGGUGACAUGAUUGCUAAGGUACAUGGUAAAAGAUUUGUGUAUAAAUUUGUGUGUGAUUUAAAAAUGUUGCUAGGAUACAGUGCUGAAGAACUUCAUAAUUUAGUCAACGAAUGUGCAUCGAAGAAAUACAUCGAAGUGCCCGUUGCUGAACUGCAGAAUAUGCAGAAUAUAAAAUAUAAAACAUUGUGUAUUAAACGGGGAAUAGAUCAGAAAACACAGACCAGUUGA